GGAGUAUGGGCUGCGGCUGAGCCACCACGGUGGGGGUAACGUGGAUUUUUCCCUCCAAAUCCUCUCAAUUGAUACUUGGCAAAGAUCAGUGGAGGAGAUGUGCUUUGAGGAGGGAAUAGAGUGAUGAAGAAGAUGGUGGUGAUGACCGGUCAGAAGCAAACCUUGCCGAGAACCACGUGGAUGGCACCACGGGGAUCCUGAGCGGAGCAGGAGGGAGGAAGCCCAUGAAAACAGGCAUGAAGGAGCUGGCGGUUAUGAGGGAGAAAGUGAACGAGCAGCAGCGGCAAAUGGGCAAAGUCAGCAAGCCCCAUCACAACCACGAAGAUUCAAAGAAGUCGCGGAUGUCGACUGGCAGGACCCCUUGUCAGCAGGAGUUGGAUCAGGUCUUGGAGCGCAUCUCCACUAUGAGGCUGCCAGAUGAGCGAGGUCCCCUGGAACACCUCUACUCCCUGCACAUCCCCAACUGUGAUAAGCACGGCUUGUACAAUCUCAAACAGUGCAAGAUGUCGGUGAACGGGCAGCGCGGCGAGUGCUGGUGCGUGGACCCCAUCCACGGGAAGGUGAUCCAAGGCGCCCCCACCAUCCGCGGGGACCCCGAGUGCCACCUCUUCUACACAGCCCACGAGCAGGAGGACCGGGGAGCACACGCCCUGCGGAGCCAGUAGCCGGACGUGAUCCUGCUGGUGGGAGGCAGCUCGCCGUGGCCCCCGUGCCGGAUUUUACAUGGGUUUCAGCAAGGCUCUUUAGGCUCUGCACGAGACUGGGGUUGGGUCCCGUGUGCUGCCCUCCUUCCCCUGCUGCCGGGCUCCCGGGGAGGGACGGGGCGACGGGAGGGGAAGGGCGGCGGGGGGAUUGCCGGGAGAAGGGACUGCUUUCCUAUAGUCUUUCACCCAACGUAAGGCAGAGCACCGGUCUUUUUUCGCCCCCUUGCCCUGCCCUCCCUGCCGGUUUGCGGCACGUCCCAGCUCCGUCCCCCACCGUGGCGGCCGGUGGGGACGAGGCUGCCACUGCCCCCAUGCCUCCAGAGAGGCGAAACCGCUCCUGAUGGGCGGGGGGGGGGGGGGAGA